UGUUGUAGACUUGGUCUCACUUGGUCUCACUUGGACAACCGUCGUGGACCCGAUAUCCAAGCAGAGAGGAAGACGCUAAAAGGCAAUCAGCAAGAAUGGAUCCGAUCAUUGCCAACAUCCGCCAAUUUGCUGAGAAGAGUCGGUCUCUGCGCGAUGACCCGAUGGCAGUGGAAGAGCGUGGAGACAAAGAUUUGGAGGGGAGCCUUGAUGCCACACUCCAAGAGCUUCAGGCCCAGAUCGCAACCGCUUCACAGGCACUAGAGAAGCUACGUGCUGAAAAUGUGACCCUAUCAUCUACGGAGGAUCUUGAGAACCCCAGACUUCGUCUACGCGAACUACAAGCUGUGAAACUUGGGAUGGCAUCGCUCGCUGCCAAACCGCCCAUGCUUCCCUCAAGUGCCAGCGCUGCCCUUCCUUCUGUCCUAGCAUACCAAACCAUCAAACACUCCAUUGCCGAGUCGAAGAAGGAGAUUCCGAGCCUCGAAUCCCAGAUUUCCUUUCAUGAGCACCAACUGCGGACGUCCAGGUCCCUCCAGACCGACCACUCCGAUAUCAACUUAGCAUUACGAGCAAGGAUCGAUCUCCUACGGACCUCGUCGGGAAAAGAGUCGAGGAAAGACGUGCGGCAGAUUGCGCAAGACCGCGUCAAUGCCGGUAGAGCUUUACAGAAGCAUCUUCGCUCUCGGGCAGCCUCGCUGAGGGCCGCGCUCCUGGAGUUUGCGGAGGAGCAUCUUGCUGUUCAAUUAGCCGCCGAGGAGCUCGGUGGGCCCGUCGUUGGCGAUUCAAUGGAAGUUGACGAAGAUUCACUUGCGGCGGGUGUGUUCGGAAAGCGGAAAUCUCAACCAUCUGGAAAGAACGCGGAACAGAAACGGCAGCGGAGGUUGGAAGAUAUACGGGGCGCUGGGCCACAGACGGCCGAGAAUGAAGUCUCGGAGAAAUCCUUGGCUGGGGAAGAGUUCGUCGCCUUGGUUGAUGCAUUGGUAGAGGCACUCGAUGGGAGGAGUCAAGACGGUGUCUACGUGAGGUUGGAGCGAGAGAGUGCUGCGGUCCGGUUCCUGGUCAGAGCAAGAGUUGCACAAUUUCACCCAAAAGAUGCGAGAAGGAUUAGGCUGGUGGACUUUGGAAGAGAGUUGGACGACUAGACUUUGUGUUUAAACGGUCCAUGGACCUUCCACCGUGUCUAUGGGCUUUUCAACAAACAUGCUCGUGGAUUCCGGGGUUUCUCUGGAUCGAUCACCCAUUUCUCGGGUGCCGGGAAUCUGUGUUCUACACUCUACAGUGCCCUGACCUGAAUCCAUUCAACCGAUGUUCCUAGCCAGAUCAACCGGUUGUUGCUGCCGCAUUCUCCAACCCGACCUCACAGACGGUCUCUCUGAAUGACCGACCAAGACGCCGCACCGAAGUUUAGAUGAGUUGUGAAGGCUGAAGAACACGAACCCCUG